AUUACCCUCCGACCCGGAAAUAUACAUGCAUACACGCAUGUGGUAUGCUUGUCUUGACACAGGAAUCAAGAAAAUAUAGCCUAUUUAGGGGCAAGUAAUGGUAUGUAUCCUGCAAUUUGGAAAUGUUUUUUCUAUCCAUAAUCGAGUCGCACAGUUUAUUUCGGUGUACACAGUGUGAUACUUAAACUCGAUCGUGGAAAUGUGCUCCUCCUCCGAGACAACGCAAGAUGUUCAUAAAUAUUUUAUUAAACCGACAUUAACGAACCUGCUUUUUCUCAAAACUUACAAGACUCGUGAACCGUGAUUGUAAAGUUGAGUUAAUCCGUUGAUUAUAUGGACUUGUUUGUAGUUGGAACAAAAGUGAAAAUGACACGUCUACCUGAGUGAUAACUUCAAGAAGACACCUGUUAUAAUCAACCUUUAAGGGCGUAUAAGAAUGUCAGACUCCGGGAUUGUGUUGAACCUGGUUUUUGAAGAAUCUGGUCCUCUAUGCAAAUCAGAGAAAUCCGUAGGAAAUCUCAAACAUAAGCGUUUCCUUGGAAGAAGACAUUACCUGGAGCGCAAGGGUUUGUUAAAAGAGAAACAAAAUGUAAAGUGGAACAGCCUCCCCCCAAAAAAUAAAAAGCUCCCCCUUCAAAAAAAGACACACAUACAGUUCAGUGGAGGGGAUCGAUCGAAAAUGUCCAACACACAGCUCAGUGGAGGGGGUCGAUCAAAAAAGUCCAACACACAACUCAAUGGAGGGGGUCAAUCAAAAAAGUCCAACACACAGCUCAGUGGAGGGGAUCGAUCGAAAAAGUCCAACACACAGCUCAGUGGAGGGGGUCAAUCAAAAAAGUCCAACACACAACUCAGUGGAGGGGGUCGAUCAAAAAAGUCCAACACACAGCUCAGUGGAGGGGCUGUUUUUCCUAAAUUUACCUCUAAUCUGCCAAAUAAGACCAAUAAGCCUUCACCUUCAAGUUCUGCAAAUACGUCUUCCCAGAAAUCCACAUUUUCAUGUCCAUCCACUGCCAGCACGUUUCAGAGGCACCCGACACACCAAGCGGCACCUCGCACCCUUGGACCUUUAAAAUACGUGGCAUUGGACUGUGAGAUGGUGGGAACAGGACCGAAGGGGAUUUGCAGUGAACUCGCCCGCUGCAGUAUUGUUAACUACGACGGUGAUGUUCUUUAUGACAAAUUUAUCAAACCCAUCAAUCCUGUGACAGAUUACCGAACUCGCUGGAGUGGAGUCAGGAGGAAGGAUUUAGUCAAUGCCACACCCUUCCAUACGGCACAAAAAGAGAUUGUGAAGAUAUUAAAAGGAAAAAUGGUUGUGGGCCAUGCCAUCCAUAAUGACUUCAAGGUCAUAAAAUAUUUCCAUCCUAAUUGCCAAACGCGAGACACAUCGAAGAUUCCAUUGCUAAACCAGAAAGCUGGACAGCCUGAGAAUAUAACACUCUCUCUGAAGAGGCUCACUAAAGCUAUCCUCAACCAGGACAUACAGACGGGGAAUGAUGGCCACUCGUCAGUAGAAGAUGCCGUAGCCACCAUGGAACUGUACAAAGUAGUGGAGAAGACGUGGGAGCAAAAACUCAGAGCUCUCAGCCUUUCAGAUAAAGCAAUGGAUCUAGCUCAGAAUCAAAAAUAAGAUUUUUUUUUUUUAAAGAUGCAGUUUUAACGUCACUCCUUUUUUAUCAUCUAAACUUCUCAGCAAGGUCUGAGUUUAAAUACCACUAGGGGUCUCUACAGUUUCUGUAUAUAAAAAAGUUAACUUAUAUUGGUUUAGUUGGUUUGGAGGAAGUGUUGCAAGUAAGUUGCAAAAGAUUUUGGACAUUGUUAACAGUACACAUACAUUUUUGUGUUCUGUUCAGAAUCAUUACAAAGUAAAAAGAAAAACCGCUCUCCCUGUUCCUCCCGCCGCCUGUCUGUCUUUCUGAUGUCUGACUUAUAGGACGAGUCAGCAUUCUUCUUCUACUCUAAAUUCAACACCACCACAUGAAUUACUGCUCCUCCUUUAUUUAACUGUCCAAAUGUACAGGCCCUCAACAGCCAUCCUUGAGAUUACAGUCAAAGCUCUUUUUCCCUCUAACCCACUCAAUCAUCAGUCAGUCUGUGUUUAAGAAUUUGGUCGCACCACUUUGGUGAUGUUUGGGAAGCAGUCGGAUCUUUCUUGCCCACCAGUUUCCCAGCGGUUAAACAAGCUUGUGAUGGUCUGAUUUUCAGCCUUAUAUGGGAUUCUCUUUUGCACAACCAGAAAUGUUAUAAUGUGCAGUAGAACACAGUCGAGUACUUGCAUUACAUGCACUAACCACACUUUUUGCAUCAUUUUUUUUCAUUAUUAAGUUUAAAUAUUCUCUAAAAUAUGCAAAAGUGAUAUAUGGUAAAGCAUAUAGUAGGUCCUAAGGGUUCGCUGGUGACUUCUGUUGCAUAAUCCAUGAAAUCUGCCUCAACUAUAAAGACCAAAGUGUCUUGUAUAAAGGAGGGGUGGAUUUGACAUUAUGGUGCAAAUUUUUUUCAUCUUUCUUAAUCUCUACUAUAUCAACAUUCGUUUGAGGCAGCACACUAAAAAUAAACCAGAUUUUAACCCUUUCAUGCAUUAUGACAACCUCAGUCGGGAUGUUUUUCCUAUGUGUUUU